AUCUGUGUUUAUCGAGUAUUUUGCUUGGAUUGCGUUUUGUAUUCCAAAUUUUGAUAAUUUUUACUGUUUUCUUGUUUAUUUGGUAGCCGCCGCUUUUAAUUGUGAAUGUAAAUAUAGUACUCAACGUUCGGCCAAGCCGAGUGUCUAGGUCACACGUCGGGGGUGUAUGGCAGAGGUGCCCAAAGCAUAGGCGCAGUCUAUCUCCAUUGCCGAACUAAUAAAACUCUUCAUCGGAAAUGAAGUCUUGCCGAGCUUGUUUAUCAGAGAACUGUAACUUACAGGACGUUAAUGCUGAAAUUUUGGACAAAUAUAACUUACUUACAGGUUUAUAUAUAAUGCUGGAUGAUGAUCUGCCUCAGAAGCUUUGUCAGUUGUGUUGGGACACCGUUGAUGACUUCAUCAAGUUCAGGAACCGGUGCAUUGCUUCAGAAGCAUCAUUACAUGAGCAGAAAUAUGUAAAAAAAGAAAAACAGGGCACUGAUGAUGACUCUGAAAUGCAAGACACAGUUUUGUAUGAGAACCCAAUUAAAGUAGAGGUGGAACUGGAUGACAAUAUGGAAUACAGAAGUGAUUUUGAUGAUGCAUCAUCAUCACUUAAGGUUGAAGUGCGGGUUGAAGGAGCUACCAUCAAGGAUGAAAUUAUUGACACUAUCAAAGAAGUUAAACUACCACUUAAUCAAAGCUUGAAAGAUAUGCUGGAAGCUCCAUCCACCACCCCGAGAGCUGAAGUCAUCAACCUAGAAACUGAUGUUGUCAAAGUACAAGCUAAAAGGAAGAAAAAUUUACUAUUGUGUGGACUCUGCGACUCAGCAUUCGUGACAAAAGAAGACCUGCACACGCACAUAGAGACACACCGCUCUGCUUCCACCUGCCAGCUCUGCGGGGAAGCCUUCGAAGAGUGGCCGCAGCUCAUCUCACACCGACUCAACCACAUCACCAACUCCAAGCAGCUCAAGUGUCAUUUGUGCUGGAAGCUGUUCAAGCUAGACCACGCGCUGGAGUAUCACUUUUUAACGGAGCAUUAUGAUAAAGAGUUCCCAGGGCUGAAGUGCAAGUACUGCGGCAAGGUGUACCAGAACACGCGGCAGAUGGGCAAGCACAUCAACGACCUGCACAAGAGCAAGGCCUACACCUGCGAGGUCUGCAGCCGAGUGUUCACGCGCAAGCACGCGCUCAUAGAGCACAUGAACGUGCACUCGGCGGCCGAGCACGCGUGCGACCAGUGCAGCUACACCACCAAGCACAAGACGGCGCUCGUCACCCACAAGCUCCGUCGCCACGCACCCGAGAAGUUCAUCUGUCAGAACUGCCGGCGCGUGUUCGCGGCGCAGGCGCAGCUCGACGCGCACGCCUGCGCAGACAAGCCCUGGAUGUGCAACCAGUGCGGGAAGGUCUUCAGCUUCAAGGCCGCCAUGAUGACGCACGCACAGACCCACUCGUCCGAGCGUCCGUUCAAGUGCACGCGCUGCCCCGCCUCGUACCGCACCGCCGCCAACCUGCGCACGCACACCGACAAGCACGAUGAAUAUAGAAGAUAUAAGUGCGAGUAUUGCACGGCGAGUUUCUACUCGUAUAAUGUGCUCGUGAGGCAUCGGAGGACGCAUACAGGCGAGAAGCCGUAUGUGUGUAAAAUCUGCGAAAAAGGAUUCUCGGGCUCGCACAACCUGAAGGUCCACAUGAAGGUGCACGGCGAGAUGCUCAUCACGAAGAAAACAGAAGUCGUGGACUUCAGCAUGCUGUAACUGCUAUAGCCCGACCCUGACUUGUACAAAUAUUCUUUGAAAUUUAUGUACAAUGUAUAACCAUCGCUCCCACGGUGAAGGAAACCAUCGUGAUGACACCUGCAUAUUAUCUAGAUGUAGCACAUUUUAGAUGUGUGAAUCCACUAACCUGCAUUGGAUCAGCGUGGUGGGAAAUAGUCCAAGCUUAGGAAGGGAGAUUAGACCUUGGGGCAUUUAUAUACAAAGGUUCCAUUCGAAAGAGGAAGGUGCAUAUACUUAGACCCCUACAGAUAA